AUGCUUGGUCAUCGGAAGGAAGAAUCCAGUUCCUCGACCUUGCACGAAGGUACCGGCUUAGACAGUGCGAUUCAGAAAGAAACACUUUCUGCCAGUCAGCAGCAACUGAUUACCUCUGCGCGAAUCUUGUUGAAGCCGAAGCAGUCUUGCAUCCUGCCCCUCGAUGAGGCUACUUCGACGGUAGCUGUGCAAACAGAAACAACGAUGAUAAAAUUGAUCUGGCAAUUCCGAGACAGCACAGUCAUCGCAGUGGCCCACCGACUGAACACCAUUGUCGACGAUGAAUCGUGUUAG